CCUAUUGGUUCACUUUUUUGUUUCAGAUAAUGAGGCUCAACUUAAAACCAAUGGGUCCAUUUCUCAGCAGGAUACUUGUGGAGAAAAAUUAUCCCUUAAACAGAAAAUAGAAAAGUUCACAAGCAAGAAUGCAUGGGCCUCCCUUUUAGGAAAAAAUUGGGAAGAACGUAGUGUUAAAGACAAGCACACCACCACAGAGAGACAUUUGAGCAGAAAUCCAAGGGUGGAGAGACCAUGUAAAAGCAGUAAAGGUAAUAAACGUGGAAGAACCUUCAGAAAGACUCGAAAUUGUAAUCGUCAUCUGCACAAGAAUCAUCGUACUGGUGUAAGACGAUAUGAAUGCAGUCAGUGUGGAAAACUCUUCACCCAUUCUUCAUCCCUGAUGAGGCACAAAAGAGCUCACUCUGGACAAAAAUUAUAUAAAUGUAAGGAAUGUGGGAAAGCCUUCAGUCGUCCUUCCUACCUGCAGAUGCAUGAGAAAACUCACAGUGGAGAGAAACCCUAUGCCUGUCAGUCUUGUGGGAAGACAUUUCUUCGUUCCCACUCUCUCACUGAACAUGUAAGGACUCACACUGGAGAGAAACCCUAUGAAUGUGGGCAGUGUGGGAAAGGCUUCAGUUGUCCCAAAUCCUUUCGCGCGCAUGUGAUGAUGCACGCCGGAGGGAGACCGUAUGAGUGCAAGCACUGUGGGAAAGGCUUCAGGUGUCAGAAAUCCUUUCGAGUCCAUAUGAUCAUGCACGCCGGUGGGAGACCCUUUGAGUGCAAGCAGUGUGGGAAGGCCUACUGCUGGGCAACAUCCUUUCAACGACACGUGAGAAUUCACAACGGGGAGAAACCCUAUAAGUGUGAAAAAUGCGGGAAAGCGUUUGGUUGGCCCUCAUCCUUACACAAACACGUGAGAACGCACGCUAAAAAGAAACCUGUGAGUGGGGGCAGUGUGGGAAAGCCUUCCGUGAGGCCUCGCCCCUCCACAGAUGUCAAAUUGCAAACUAGAGAAAAAGUCUAUAAAUGUGAAACGUGUGGGAAAACAUAUGGUUGGUCUUCAUCUUUACACAAACAUGAGAGAAAGCACAUGGGGGAGAAACCUGUAAAUGCAGCCAGUGUGGGAAAACCUUCAGGCGGGCUUUGCUCUUCCAGAAAUGUAAGAACGCAGAUUGGACAGAAGCCCAAUAAAUGCGAAAAAUGUGGGAAAGCUUUCAGUUGUCCCAAAGCCUUUCAAGGUCACAUGAGAAGUCACACAGGAAAGAAACCCUGUACAUCUAAGUAAUGGGGGAAAACCUCUGCAAAUUAAUUCACAACUGUGGUUCAGAAAAUUCACAGCAGGAGGGCCGGGUGUGGUGGCUCACGCCUGUAAUCCCAGCACUUUGGGAGGCCUAGGCAGGUGGAUCACGAGGUCAGGAGAUCGAGACCAUCCUGGCUACGGUGAAACCCCAUCUCUACUAAAAAAAAAAAAAUACAAAAAAAUACAAAAAAUUAGCCGGGCGUGGCGGCAGGCGCCUGUAGUCCCAGCUGUGCGGGAGGCUGAGGCAGGAGAAUGGCAUGAACCCGGGAGGCAGAGCUUGCAGUGAGCCGAGAUGGCACCACUGUACUCCAGCCUGGGUGACAGAGCGAGACUCUGUCUCAAAAAAAAAAAAAAAAAAAAAAGAAAAUUCACAGCAGGAGAAGAAUCUCAUGACAUUUAUAAAUAUGGUAUUGCCUUUAUCAGGACCUCAUCCUAAAAGUGGACCUCUAGCCAAUGAAUUUGCAGUUCUCUUGCAGAUAAAGUUGAGGGGAGAAUUCUGUAAGUCCUUUCUCAUCUAUAGUACUGAAAUUUUGAUACAUAAUGUUUUUUUCUUAUAAAUUACUAAUGUUUCUCUUUUCAUUUAGAAGUGUAUUGUACCCAUGGGUGAUUUGAAAUGUAUUUUAAUAUGCAUUAACUUUCAUUUUUAUAUAAUUUUUUUGUUACUCAGCGUGAGGCCAUUAGACCAAUGAAAUAUUGGUGUUUGUUGACAUUUUCUGACUGGCCCUGUGUGUUCCAAGCUGGAUAUUACUUACAUGUUACUUUUAUUCUACCUUUCCAUUUUACAAGGAAAAACUAUUUUUAAUGUUAAUACUUUCUACUUAUACAGGCAAGUAAUUCAGCAGCUUUAUGCUAUUGGUCAGAAAAUCCUUAUUCGUUUUGCUUUUGGGCUAAUAAGUAGUUGGUAGAAAUACGUAUGUAUGUAAAGUCUUGGAGAAGGGUAGUCUCGUAGAAACUAUUUUUUUCAUCUGUUGCUGUUUGCUCUUUGACCUGGCUUCUGGGUUGGAAUUGGAAAAUAGAUUUUUUGGGGUUUUUUUUCUUUUUCUUUUUCUUUUUUGACACAGAGUCCUGUUAUGUUGCCCAAGCUGGAGUGCAGUGGCACGAUCUUGGCUCACUGCAACCUCCACCUCCCAGGUUCAAGCGAUUCUCCUGCCUCAGACUUCCAGGUAGCUGAGACUAUAGGCAUGCACCACCGUGCCCGGCUAAUUUUUGUAUUUUUACUAGAGAUGGGGUUUCACCAUGUUGGCCAGGGUGGUCUCAACCUCCUGACCUCAGGUGAUCUGCCCACCUCGGCCUCCCAAAGUGCUGGGAUUACAGGCGUGAGCCACUAUGCCUGGCCGUAUUAUCAUUAUCUUAAUACCUCAUUCUCUCAGUAUUUCUUGUGCUUCUGUGUUCCUGCUUCCAUGACAGAUACAACGGUACAACCAUAAAAACACAGGGGAUUGUGGCCGGGUGCGGUGGCUCACGCCUGUAAUCCCAGCACUUUGGGAGGCCGAGGCAGGCGGAUCACAAGGUCAGGAAAUCGAGACCAUCCUGGCUAACACGGUGAAACCCCGUCUCUAUGAAAAAUACAAAAAAUUAGCCAGGCGUGGUGGCGGACGCCUGUAGUCCCAGCUACUCAGGAGGCUGAGGCAGGAGAAUGGUGUGAACCCGGGAAGCGAAGCUUGCAGUGAGUCGAGAUCGUGCCACUGCACUCCAGCCUGGGCGACAGAGCAAGACUGUGUCAAAAAUAACUAACUAACUAAAUAAAUAAAGAAAUACUAAAAAAAAGCACAGGGAUUGUUUCCCUACUGCAUCACUGAAAACUACCGUGACCUAGUAUUGUUCAUGAGAUAAAUCUUACCUUUCCUGAGAAAAUGAAAGACGAUACUGGCUUAUCAGGUACACUCUGGGAAUUUCCUGUCACAUAGCGCUGAAUACAGUCUCUCAGUAUGUGUUCAGUUAUUAUGUUUGGUUAUGUAUUAUUAAAACAAAAGUUUCUGUUUCUGAGAAAUAUCUAUUUACUGUGUUUGUGUUUUCAAAGAAGU